UGUACUAUUUAACUUAUUCAUAAUGUAAUUCAUAAAAAUCUUAAAAAUAUUUAGCAACAAUGGGCCGUGGAAAACAUUGUACGCCCAAAGAUAGAAAAACCAUUAAAAAUAUGAUAUCUAAUGCGGAAACCUAUUCGGAAAUCAGGCAAAUCCUCGGUUGUUCAAAUGAAAAGAUCCGCAAUGCCUUAACAUUUACUGUAAAAUCCGAAACACGUGGGCGGAAGCGAACAAUGUCCCCUCUGAUGGUGAAGCGAUUGAUUCGACAAAUCAAAAAGGAACCAUUUUACCAGCUACCGAGUUAAAAGUCGUGUUGAAUGUAAUAGCAAGUGUCGAAACAGUGCGCAGGCUAUUAAGGGAUAACGGUUUAUAUGCCCGCAGUCCAAGAAAGGUACCUCUCCUGACAAAAAAACAUGUUACCAAACGGAUGCAAUUCGCGCAAGCCCAUGCAGAAUGACCCAUAACGAAGUGGAGGAAUGUUCUUUGGACAGAUGAGACCAAAAUUGUUUUGUUUGGUGGAAAAGGAUCACGGUCAAACGUGAGAAGGCCCCAACAUGCUGAAUUCAACCCAAAAUAUACGACAAAAACAAUCAAACAUGGCGGAUCUAGCAUUAUGAUAUGGGGCUGUUUAUCUUACUACGGUGUUGGUCCUUUAUACUGGAUAAAAGGUAUAAUGGAUCAACACCUGUAUGUAAAAAUUUAGCAGGAAGAGAUGUUGCCGUAUGCGUCUGAAGAUUGAAUUGGGUCUUUCAACAGGACAACGACCCAAAACACACCAGCCAAUUGGCCAAAAAUUGGUUUCUGAAUAAUUGUGUGGAAGUUAUGGAGUGGCCUGCGCAGUCACCAGACUUAAACCCAAUUGAAAAUCUUUGGGCUGAUGUAAAGACGGAAGUGUCUCGGUGCAGGCCAAGCAAUAAUAAUGAACUUUGGGCUACUGUCAACACUUUCUGAAAAUCGAUUGCUGUUGAAAUAUGCCAACGCCUCGUGAACUCGAUGCAAAGGCGUUGUGCUGAAGUAAUUGCAAAUAAAGGAAAUGGAACAAAAUAUUAACUAUGGCUAAUUUUUAAACAGAUUAAAAAAUAAAUAUUAAAUAUUAUAAAAAAUAAACAUUUUAAUUCAAUUUUUUGUAUAAUUAUUUAAAGAACUAAACAAGGUUAUUAAUUUAACAGUCACCCCUAUUACCGAUGUCGAAUACGACAUCGAAAAAAACACCAUCUGUAUUCCAUAAGUCGUUUUCGAUCUUGUACACUCGUUUUGAUGUCGUGUGUAAACGUCAAACGACGUUGAAUGCAGUCAUUCUGCAUUCCGUUCGACGAAAGGAUACGACGGCGACAAAAAAAACCUUGAUUUGUCUCGUUCAAAAAUUCGAUCCCGACAUAGAAAUGGAAGGCCGCAAAACAUUGAAAUUGACAAACCAAAAUCAAUUCGAGACGCUCGUCGAGUUGAUGGGGAGGAACGUGGAGUUAGCGAGAGGUUUUUUGAAGGGAAUUCAAAAAACCGAUGUUAAAAAGGAAUGGGCUGCGAUAGCGGAGCAGCUUAAUAGCAAGGGUCCUCCAGUAAGAGACGGAGACGGUUGGCAAAAGGUUUGGACCGACAUGAAGCACAAUGUAAAAAAAAAAUGCUACACAAUGCGAAAGAAUUAAAUGCGACUGGAGGAGGUCCAAACAAGCUUAAAAUUUUAUCUCCACUGGAAGAAGAAGUAUCAAAUUUAUUGCAUAUAGGAAAAGUGGUAAACCCGAGCGGAAACGCUAUUGGUAUAUCGCAGUCCAUUUUGCUUCCUAACUCCUUGGCAACUGCCACAUCAGUUCCCUCAUCAUCGCAAACCCACACUGAAGGCACAUCGAUGGAAUUUUUGGAAUCCAUUGUCUUAAAUAUUAAUAUUAAUUAAAAAAGGAUAGCUUCGCUUCUGAUUUUUCAGCCGGUGUCAUUUGGAAGCGAAUCCAUUUGGGGCAAAUAUGUCUUUCUAUGACAUUGAUAAUUUCUUUUAAAAACUUGCUAACUGUUGGUUGAGCUAAUCCCAAAUUAAAGUCAUUCCCGGCGCCGUGUUGGUAACUUCCUUCAGCUAAAAUUCUUAAGGUGACUGCGAGCCUCAAUAUAAUUGGAAUUGAUGAUGAACAAUGUCGAAUGCUUAUUUUAUCACUUAUUUCAUCCAACAAAUACUUAAAUGCUUCUUUUGUCAGUCUGAAGAACUGCUUGAAUCUGUUAAAACGUAAACAAUUUUUAUUUAAAAGCAACUUUUGGGAUAAAAAUGUGAACUCACUUUGAAUCAGGCAAGUCGAAUGGAUUUGAGUUGUGCAGUAUCUGUUUUCUUCUUAUAAUAAAUUUUUCUUUCAGAAUUCU